GUUGAUGAUAUCCACUCGGCGUCGAAGCACAUGCAGAAAUCUGGAGUGGGAGUGCUUGGAAAUGGUGAACCGAAGCUAGGGGCUCACAACAACCCGGUUCUAUUCCUGCACCCAAAAGAUAAUAAUGGUGUUCUUUUUGAACUCGAGCAAGUUUCUUGUGCGGAGAAAGAUAAGGACAUUGCUGCGUAAGGAUUUGUCAAUUUCUAACACCUCUUCUGCUUUUAAUGAUCUCAAACACAGUCGCCAGUGUUUGUCCGAAGCUGCCAGUCUGCAUCCGAAUGCUGUGGAUGAUGAUUGGAUCCUGGGUACAUAUAAAGGGGGCGGACUAAGUUACCUGUGCUGCUGACGUCUUGCACAUGGAUGUUGCAUUGGUAGAUGCGACACAGAGUAUCAGUGUCAAGGGAUGGAAAGGCUUGGUGAAUAUGCUGUGUUACAUUACCCAGGUGGCCUAACUUCUGGAUGGAUAUGAGUUGUUUUUCUGUGAACAUGUUCCACGUGUGAUGUAGCAAGUAGUAUUUGCUCGGUGCGUGGCCGGGGUGGAUUAUUUGUGUAGGAGUUUCACAUGUGAGUGUAUGGCAGGGGUGGAUUAUUUGGGUAGGAGUUUCACAUGUGAGUGUAUGGCAGGGGUGGAUUGUUAGUGUUGUUGGUAGGUCCUUUGAGUAGGAGUUUCAUCCGAGUGCCACGGAAGACAAACAGGUGGUGAUCCUCUGUUGAAUGAAGCAGAUAGCUUUCAGCAGUUGCACAGGGUGUUGUGAGCACAAUGACAUUAGAUGGGACGCUCUGACAGUGUUUGUCAAUCUUUUUUUGUCGGAGCACUCUGCGACUUUUUCGGGCUGUAUAUUAUUGGCUUUGGAUGUUGUGGGGGUUGGGACACAGAACCUGGUGUCUCUGUUAGCUGCAUUGCACAUUGAAAUUGGAGCCUGCUUUGCUGUUGUGAGGAGGGCAUAAUAUUCGGCGUUUCGAACAUGCAGCAGUAAUUCCGUUCAGUCUGAGGCCGUGUAAGGCUGUGCGAGGCUUGUAUGCCUGCACAGGACGAGGUGAUUGAGCCAUGUUUACUCUGUCGGACUUCAUGUCGAGAUAAUGAAGGUGCACGCUCAGGAGGUUAGAGAAGAGAUGUAGUCGACAUCAAGUGACGGAAUUGUGAACGGAUGUAAUUAGGAGGCCAGACAAGUGGCUUCAAAUUUGUCGUGUGUGGGAAAGGGGUGAAGGGAGAGAUUUCGGACACAAGAUGGCUGUAUUUGGCUAGAUUUGCCCUGUCGUAGCAGAGGGCUUUCACUUUCUGUUUCAUCUUACCGUCUGCCGUGUGUCUGGGAUUUUUUCUUUUGAAACUUUGCUAAUUUGUCGAGUAAGGAACGUUGUGUUUUAUAGUGCGUUUGACGUUGUGUUUUAUAGUGCGUUUGAAA